AUGCCAUACUACGGACCGAUGCAGCAACCCGGUCUCUGGGGUCAACCAGUAUCUAAUCUGACCGUGGUGGACAAAGUGCCACCGGAAAUUAUGCAUCUGGUCGAUCCGCACUGGUAUCAGUUUCCGCCGAUGAAUCCACUGUGGCAUUCGAUCAUUGGUUUUGUCAUCUUAGUACUGGGCAUCGUUUCGAUCAUCGGCAACGGGAUGGUGAUCUACAUCUUCGCUACUGCCAAAUCGCUACGGACUCCUUCCAAUCUGUUCGUCGUUAAUCUCGCUCUAUCGGACUUUCUAAUGAUGGGAACGAACGCGUUUACCAUGGUGUACAACUGUUGGUACGAGACCUGGGUCCUGGGUGUGCUGAUGUGCGAUCUGUACGCGUUCUUUGGAUCGCUGUUUGGAUGUUGCUCGAUCUGGACGAUGACUAUGAUCGCACUCGACCGUUACAAUGUGAUCGUGAAGGGUUUGGCCGGCAAACCGCUCACCAACACUGGCGCUAUACUGCGCAUCAUAAUAUGCUGGCUUAUCGGAGUCGUUUGGGGCAUCCUGCCGAUGUUGGGCUGGAACCGGUACGUGCCGGAAGGAAACAUGACCGCCUGCGGUACCGAUUACCUCACCGAGGAUUGGUUCCACAAGUCAUACAUUCUGACGUACUCGCUGUUCGUGUACUACACGCCUCUCUUUACCAUCAUCUAUUCAUACGUCUUCAUCAUCAAGGCUGUGUCAGCGCACGAAAAAAAUAUGCGAGAACAAGCCAAACGGAUGAACAUACAAUCGCUACGAUCCUCAGACGAUGGUAAAAGCACCGAGAUGAAGCUGGCCAAAAUUGCGCUCGUAACCAUAUCGCUAUGGUUCAUGGCGUGGACACCGUACACCGUCAUCAACUAUACGGGCGUCUUCAAAACGGCCAACAUAUCACCACUGGCAACCAUCUGGGGAUCGGUCUUUGCCAAAGCUAAUGCCGUCUACAAUCCAAUCGUUUACGGUAUCAGCCAUCCAAAGUAUCGUGCUGCAUUGUUGCGCCGAUUCCCGUCCCUGGCGUGCGGCGACAGUCCCCCGGCGGAUGAUAAAUCACUCGCAUCAGAAGCAUCCGGUAUUACGGCGGACGUUAACCCAACCGCUACUUAA